AUGAAGAAGACGUCGAGUCACCCACUGCAUGCCAGCAUCUACUCGUCCAUGGACACGUGGCUGGAAGGAAUAAGGAAGGUGCAGGCCAGGAGGAAGGAGGAGAUUGUGAGCACUGCAAAUAGAAACAACAGUGGGGGCUCCAGGUUUCAGGAGGAAAAGGAUAAUAUGGCUCUCAGUUCAGCCAUUGAAGAGUUGUUGGGACAAACUCGUCGAGUGAGAACAUCUCUCUGGUGUGCUUUCCAGAUGUGUCUCUUCGCAUCCUCGUCCCCAGCU